ACAUUUAUGCAACCCUGAGUGCUUAUGAAACACUCAGUGACACUCAGCCCCCCGGACCGUAAGAAGAGCGGAACCUUCAGAGCGAGUCCGUGCGCCUCGGGGGGCGUUUGAGGUCGCUGCUCCUGCUCAAUUGAUAGAUAAAAUAAAAGAAUCAGGGAGUACUACACAAAUUAAUAUUAAUAAUUUAAUGAGUCACAACGCAGCCGAGGGAUCCUAACAAGGGUGUAAAAAGGUGGUUUGAAUGAAGAUGUGUAAGUAAUGCUCUUGGAAACCCAGGGGACGCCAUGUCAGAAGAGGCGAUCUCAGGGAGCGACCUGGAGCCCAGCCUUAACAGCGAGGAGGAAGCGGAGAUAGAGGAGGAAGAGGAUGGAGAGAACGAUGGGGAUGAUGAGGAAGACGCAGGCGACCAGCUUGAGAGCCUGGAGGCCGAGGAUCAAAGAGAUCUGACCAGCCCGGCACCUACCUCACCGAUGUCUAGAGACUCCAGCCCUGAGCCCACCUCUCGGCCUGCCUCCCAGCCCUCGUCCACCUCAUGGACGUCAUCACGGCCCGGUUCUCAACCCCCAUCCAGCCCAGACAGCUGCAGCAACACGUCUGCCAACAGCAACACCAAGAAGAAGUCCAAAACCUCUAAACCUGCUCACUUGAGGAGGAACAUCCGGAAGGUCCUUAAGGAGCACCAGCUGGAAGCGGGAACCAAAGCCGCCCAGCAGCAGGAGCUCGAGCGACGGCGGCGUCUCGAACAGCAGCGGAAAGACUUCCCCCUUCACGCAGAUCUAUCCACUGCAGCGCCAGGUCCCAAACAAGAAGUGAUCUGUCUGGACAGCAGCGGAGACGAGGCCGAGGCUAAAGAAGCUCCGCCCCCUCAGCUGCCUGCCCACAGAGAUGAUGUGAUCGAGUUGAGUUCAGGUGAUGAAGACACCCUGCGGAUAAGCAGCGAGGAAGACAACAGUGAGGAUCGCUCUGUCACUCCCGGCACAGAGGAGAGCAGCGGGUCACAUGUGAACGACAGCCUCAAUCAACCAGACGCCCAGGGAAGAGUGCUUGUCAAUAUCAACCACCCAGGAGACGAGGAGGACCUGUUCCUCGCCCCGCAGCUUGCCCGUGCCGUUAAACCACACCAGAUUGGUGGUAUUCGUUUCCUGUAUGAUAACCUGGUGGAGUCUCUAGAGCGCUAUAAGAGCAGCAGUGGCUUCGGCUGUGUUCUGGCUCACAGUAUGGGCCUGGGCAAAACCCUACAGGUCAUCUCCUUUAUCGACGUCCUGCUGCGGCACACUGGAGCCAAAACUGUCCUCGCCAUUGUACCUGUGAAUACACUACAGAACUGGCUGGCUGAGUUUAAUCUCUGGCUGCCUGCUGCUGAGUCCCUUCCCCCCGACACGGAUCCAGCCCAGGUUUUACCUCGAACCUUUAAGGUUCAUAUCCUCAAUGAUGAGCACAAAACCACAGUGGCCCGGGCCAAGGUGGUGGAGGACUGGACUUGUGGCGGCGGGGUGCUGCUAAUGGGGUACGAGAUGUACCGCCUGCUGUCUCUCAAAAAGAGCUUUGUAACUGGCCGCAAGAGGAAGUCCAAGAAACCCGCGGGACCUGUAAUUAUUGACCUGGACGAGGAGGACCGUCAGCAGGAGCUCAUGAAAGGGAUUGAGAGAGCACUGUCGCGGCCCGGACCGGAUGUCGUCAUAUGUGACGAGGGCCACCGUAUCAAAAACUGCCACGCCAGCACCUCGCAGGCCCUGAAGAAUAUCCGGUCCCGGCGGCGGGUGGUUCUGACCGGAUACCCGCUGCAAAACAACCUGAUCGAGUACUGGUGCAUGGUGGAUUUCGUCCGGCCCGAUUUCCUCGGUACGCGGCAGGAGUUUAGUAACAUGUUCGAGCGGCCCAUUCUGAACGGCCAGUGUAUAGACAGCACACCGCAGGACGUCCAGCUCAUGAGAUACAGGAGUCACGUCCUGCACAGUCUGCUGGAGGGCUUCGUGCAGAGGCGAGGUCACGAUGUUCUCCGGAAUCAGCUUCCGGCGAAAGAGGAGCACGUGAUCCUGGUACGACUGUCUCGCCUGCAGAGGGCGCUCUAUACGGAGUUCAUGAACCGCUUCAGGGAGGCGGGAAACACCGGGUGGCUCGGACUCAACCCGCUUAAAGCUUUCUGUGUUUGCUGCAAGAUCUGGAAUCAUCCGGAUGUUUUGUACGAAACUCUGCAGAAGGAAAAUCUGGCCAAUGAGCAAGAUCUUGACCUGGAUGACCUCAACUCCACCAGCGGGACCCGCUGCUCCGCUCCGGGAAUAAAGGGCAAGUCGUCCGACCCGGCCAACAGCAAGAUGGCUGCUAUGGGACCCCUGAACCCCUUACAGGAGAAGGCCAACCAAGUCAUCACAUAUGAAUGGGCAAAAGUCAUCAUGACCAACUACCAGACGGGUGUUCUGGAGAACUCUGCCAAAAUGGUUCUGCUUUUCCACCUGAUUGACGAGAGUGUCAAACGAGGAGAUAAAAUACUUGUUUUCAGUCAGAGUUUAUCAACGCUUACGGUUAUGGAAGAUUUCCUGAGUCGGAGGCCAAUGCCGAUCCAAACAGAAACUGGGAUGCACAACUGGGUCCGGAACGUCAAUUACUACAGGUUGGAUGGGAGCACAUCAGCUUCAGAGAGAGAAAGACUCAUCAACCAGUUUAACGACCCGGCAAACAACCAAGCCUGGGUCUUCCUGCUGUCCACCAGGGCUGGUUGUUUGGGGGUGAAUCUGAUCGGUGCGAAUCGCGUGGUGGUUUUCGACGCAUCGUGGAAUCCGUGUCACGACGCUCAGGCCGUCUGUCGCGUGUAUCGCUACGGCCAGCACAAGCCUUGCCACAUCUAUAGGCUGGUGUGUGACUUCACACUGGAGAAGAAGAUCUACGACCGGCAGGUGUCCAAGCAGGGCAUGUCUGAUCGAGUCGUGGAUGAUUUGAACCCUGUCCUCACCUUCACGCGGAAGGAAGUGGAGUCGCUGUUGCACUUUGUGGAGGAGGAGCCUGAUCCCAGCCAAUCAGAGCUGGUCCCUAGUGAGGACUUGGAAAUCGUCAUUAAACAAGCCUGCCUGUUAUAUCCACACCUCUUAACCAAGCAAUCGUUCCAUCACGAGUCUCUCCUGAUGGACCGCAAGGAUUUGAAACUGACCAAAGCGGAAAAGAGAGCAGCCAAGAAAAGCUAUGAAGAUGAGAAGCGGGCAUCCGUGCCGUAUCAGCGGCCCUCUUACGCACAUUACUACCCAGCUAGCGACCAGAGACUCACCAAUAUCCCUGCUUUCAGCCAGAGGAACUGGCGGCCCCCUCGUCAUUUAGAAGAGAAACCAGUUGCAAGCGUGAGGCCAGUUCAGUCCACACCCAUUCCCAUGAUGCCCCGACAGGUACCCAUGGGCAUCCCCGGUUCAAGCGCGGGGUUCCCCGUCAACUACCUGCAAAAAGCUGGCGUUUAUGUGCAGCGCGUUGUCACCACCACUGAUAUUGUGAUCCCAGGUUCCAACAGCAGCACAGAUGUCCAAGCCCGGAUCGGUGCAGGAGAGAGUAUUCACGUUAUCAGAGGAUCCAAAGGCACGUACAUCAGGACCAAUGAUGGGAGGAUAUUUGCCAUCCGCUCUGGAAAGCCAAGACCACUGGAAGGAGGAGCCACAGGUCUGCGUAGGAUGGAUGUUUUAGUCCUGUUCCUGCAAGAUUUUGUCCUGAAUAUUGUCCCGUAUGAUAUUGUGAUACUGAAUAUUGUCCGUAUAAGGCCCAAUGACAGAGGUAGAGGCAAAAUGAAGAUGCUUUACCUCGCUGAGGAAUCAGGCCCUCCCUUGCAUUUUGUCAGUAACGGUCGUGCAUCGCCUCAGGAGCCAAAACGUUUAACCCCCGAGGCUCCGCCUCGUCCUUCGCCCCAAGACAGCCCCAAGCUGCUCCGAGAAUUCCAGAGUAACAAGGACCCAGUUCCAGCGGGAGAAAACUUGCCAUUUUCAGGAACACCCGAACCCUCGGGAGUGGACAGACCCAUCCAGAACCCAGUUCGAAUCCCCGACCAACACCGGCAGCUCAGCAAUGAUAUUGCGUCGUCUGUGGACAUUCAAAGUUUGAAACGGAAGCUUUUGGAAAGUCGGACAUCCAAACCACCUAGCACCAAAAGGACCUCAACAUCAACCGGUGUAGCCGGGAGUUACCCGGGAUUUCCUUUAAGCAGCGGAUUUGGGUUCCCAUCCAUGGGGCUGAACCCUGCCUUGCUGGGCGCACUGGGUCACAUGACUCCCCCCUCUCUUGGAAGCAGGUCGCACCUCCUACAGCAAGCCGGUCAGGCUCUGGGGGAC